AUGAUUUUCUAUUUCGUGUCAUUAGUAACCGAUCAUGAUAUGAUCGUAACGUGCUACAUCUCAACGUGGGCCGUUUAUCGUGAGGGCACCGGAUCCUACACCCUGGACGCUUUCGAUCCCACCCUCUGCACGCACGCCAUUUACGCGUUUGCCGGUUUGGACGAGCAGAAUGAUACCAUUCUACCACUGGAUGAGUGGCAGGAUCUGAACGAAAACGAGGGAAAGGGAGGCUACGAAAAACUGAUAAACCUGCGGGAGUCUAACCCACACUUGAAAGUCUUAUUGGCCAUCGGUGGCUGGAAUGAAGGCUCUGAAGCGUACUCCAACCUGACAGCAGACCCUGAAAGGCGUCAGGCAUUUGCAACGAAUGCUCUUCAUUUUAUUAGGCGGCAUGGCUUCGACGGGCUCGACCUGGAUUGGGAGUACCCUACGCAGCGCGGUGGAAGUCCAAUUGAUAAGGAAAACUUUGUGGCCUUCGUGCAAGAACUGAGCCAAGCAUUCAAGAAGUACAAUUUACUUUUAACUUCCGCUUUUGGGGCGAGCAAGGACAUCAUUGAUUCGGCGUACGAUAUGGAGGCGCUGUCGAAGUACUUAGACUUUCUGCACAUAAUGUGUUACGACUACAACGGAAGCUGGAACCGUCAGAUUGGCCCAAAUGCACCACUGACAAGCAAAGACUUCCUGAACGUCGAGUACACUAUCGAACACCUGCUCGAUCUGGGUGCGCCGUCCAGUAAGCUCGUGCUGGGUCUACCCUUCUACGGCCGUACCUUUGUCAGUCCGGUGGCCCGAGCCCGAAUGGGUGAUGUGGCCGACGAAGUGGGCUUUCCUGGACCGUUCACGAAGGAGAAUGGUUUCAUGGGCUAUAACGAGAUGUGCGAAGAACUGAAGCGCAAUCCCUCCGAUUGGACGCUCUCGUGGGACGCUGCAGCCGGUGAGAUGGUGGCCAUCAAAUCGAACGACACCGUAUCGCAGGUGGUAGUUUACGAUAAUACGCGGUCGAUCGCGAACAAGGUACGAUUCGCCGUUCGUCAGAAGCUUGCCGGGCUGAUGGUGUGGUCAGUCGAUACGGAUGACUUCAAUGGGCUGUGUGAACCGGAAACGGAUACGUACGUCGACUUUGGUGACCGCGACAAGGUGACACUCUCCAUCCCGCGCCCGGUUAGUGGCAAGUAUCCGCUGCUCAAGACGAUCAGUAACGCCAUCGUGGUGGCUACCGAUGAGCUGACGCAGGAGAACAUCGUUCCCAACGAAACCGAACAUUUCGAAAUGGAAAGUUCUUUAACGGAUGUAUCAUCGACAGCUAGCGCGGUGUAA